CGUUUUAACAUCAAAUAGCAUAUAAUCGUUUAUUUAAAAAUCACAGGAGGAAAACGUUGUACCUUUGUAAAGAGCUGUUAAGCUUCACGUGUACGCCUGCGACGAAUGGCUUUUAUUAUGAAUGUGUAUCAGGAAGUGCAGUGUCCUACUGCGUCAAACUUGGCGCACGGGCCUAAAGCCUGACUUCCACACUGCUGGUAGCGUGUGGAACACUUUUCUUCCAUCGUCCUGUCAGAGCCAACGGUUAAAAUAUUCUUGGAGCCGCUUUUCUUUAGUUUUUUCGCACCUUCACCGACAGCAGAGAUUGUAGGACACUAACGGACACAUUUCUGUGCUCAAAUUUGUUGCUCUCGCCUUUUUUUCGCCUCUUUUUUCCCUGCGCGAGGUCUGUCUGCCGCAUCAUCGCUCUCGCAGCGUGAGUUUCACGUGGAGCAGACCGCCGCUCAUCACUUCUCUGCCGGCAUCAGUCGAUCACCUUCAGCCUCCGGACCGAGCAGAAAGAAGGAGAGGAAGAAAACAUGGCAACGACGGCAACCUUGGUCCUGGAAGAUGGCGCGACGUUCAAGGGACAACUCUUUGGUGCCAAUGUCUCUGUAUCAGGCGAAGUUGUGUUCCAGACGGGAAUGGUCGGCUACCCAGAAGCCCUCACUGACCCGUCCUACCGCUGCCAGAUGCUCACCCUCACUUACCCACUGGUUGGAAACUACGGGGUACCAAGUGAUGAGGAGGGGGAGUUUGGACUCAGCAAGUGGUUUGAGUCGUCCAAGAUCCACGCUGCGGCUCUCAUCAUCGGGGAGCUGUCGGACUCUCCCAGCCACUGGAGCUCGGUCAAGUCGCUGGACCAGUGGCUCAAGGAGCAGGGAGUGCCUGGAAUCCAAGGAAUUGACACCCGUCGUCUGACCAAAAAGAUCCGAGAGAAGGGAACCAUGUUGGGGAAGCUGCUGGUGGGCGGGACUCCUGAGGAUAACAUUCCAUUUGACAACCCGGACCAGAGGAACCUGGUCCAGGAGGUCUCCAUGAAGGAGCCCAGGGUCUUCAACCCCAGUGGGACUCUGAGGAUCACCGUGGUCGACUGUGGCAUCAAAUACAACCAGAUCCGCUGUCUGGCCCGGAGAGGAGCCCGUGUCACCGUCGUGCCCUGGGACCACGCUUUGGACAGCUCAGAUUUCGACGGCCUGUUCAUCAGUAACGGUCCCGGAGAUCCACAGCUGUGUCAGGACACCAUCACCAACAUCAGGAAGGUGGUGUGUGUGGAGCGGCCGAAGCCCGUGUUUGGAAUCUGCCUGGGACACCAGCUUCUCUCUUUGGUCAUUGGAGCCAAGACCUACAAGAUGAAGUAUGGAAACCGUGGCCACAACCAGCCGUGCAUCCACCAGGGCACCAACCGCUGCUUCAUCACCAGUCAGAACCACGGCUUCGCCGUCGACCCCGACAGUCUUCCUGAAGGCUGGGACGUCCUCUUCACCAAUGCCAACGAUAAAACCAACGAGGGCAUCGUGCACAACACGCACCCCCUGUUCAGUGUUCAGUUCCAUCCUGAGCACAAGGCCGGCCCCACAGAUCUGGUCAGUUUGUUCGACGUCUUCCUGGACACGGUGAAGGACCACAAAGAGGGCAGCGGGACCAACACGGUUAAGCAGCGGUUGAUGGAUCAUCUCACCUUCCCCAGCUCUCCAAAACCUGAAGAAGUCUCCAGACCUAAGAAGGUUCUGAUCCUUGGUUCUGGUGGACUGUCCAUCGGCCAGGCUGGAGAGUUUGACUACUCUGGUUCCCAGGCCAUCAAGGCUCUGAAGGAGGAGAACAUCCAGACUGUCCUGAUCAACCCCAACAUCGCCACAGUGCAGACGUCCAAAGGUCUGGCAGACAAAGUCUACUUCCUGCCCAUCACGGUGGAGUACGUCUCCCAGGUCAUAAAAAAUGAACGUCCCGAUGGCGUUCUCUUGACCUUCGGCGGUCAGACGGCUCUGAACUGUGGCGUGGAGCUGACCAAGCAGGGUGUGCUGGAAAAGUACAACGUCAGAGUCCUGGGAACGCCGGUGGCCUCCAUCGAGAUGACGGAAGACCGGAAGAUCUUUGUGGAGAAAAUGGAGGAGAUCAACGAGCACGUGGCCCCCAGUGAAGCAGCGCUGUCCGUGGAGCAGGCCGUGGCAGCUGCAGAACGUCUGGGGUUCCCUGUCCUGGUCCGCUCAGCCUUCGCUCUCGGGGGUCUAGGAUCGGGCUUUGCCAACAACAAGGAGGAGUUGACCUCCCUGGUGACCUCAGCCUUCGCUCACACCUCCCAGGUGCUGGUGGACAAAUCGCUGAAAGGCUGGAAGGAGAUCGAGUACGAGGUGGUCCGAGACGCCUACGACAACUGUGUCACCGUGUGUAACAUGGAGAAUAUUGACCCUCUGGGCAUCCAUACUGGAGAGUCCAUCGUGGUGGCGCCCAGUCAAACGCUCAACGACCACGAGUACAACAUGCUCCGCAGCACGGCCAUCAAAGUCAUCAGACACCUGGGCAUCGUGGGAGAGUGCAACAUCCAGUACGCCCUCAACCCCGAGUCUGAACAGUAUUACAUCAUCGAGGUGAACGCUCGUCUGUCGCGGAGCUCCGCCCUCGCCAGCAAAGCCACAGGUUAUCCUCUGGCCUACGUAGCGGCCAAACUGGGCCUGGGGAUUCCACUGCCAAAACUGAAGAACUCUGUGACCAACUCCACCACCGCCAACUUUGAGCCCAGUCUGGACUACUGCGUGGUGAAGGUUCCUCGUUGGGAUCUCAGCAAGUUCCUCAGGGUUUCCACCAAGAUCGGCAGCUCCAUGNGACCCACAGGUGAGGUGAUGGCCAUUGGUCGGAGCUUUGAGGAAGCCUUCCAGAAAGCUCUGAGGAUGGUGGACGAGAACUGCGUGGGCUUCGACCACACCAUCAAGCCUCUGUCUGAAACGGAGCUCCAGACUCCCACAGACAAACGCAUCUUUGUGCUGGCGGCGGCGCUGAAGGCCGGCUACACCGUGGACCAGCUGUACAACCUGACCAAGAUCGACCGUUGGUUCCUGUACAAGAUGAAGAACAUCACUGACCAUGGAAAGCUGCUGGAGACGUACAACCAGGAUGAGAGUACGAUUCCUCCUGAGGUGAUGAGGAAGGCAAAGCAGCUGGGUUUCUCAGACAAGCAGAUAGCACUGGCUAUAGAGAGCACUGAACUGGUUGUGAGAAAGCUUCGCCACGAUUGGUCCAUCCUCCCUGUCGUGAAGCAGAUCGAUACGGUGGCGGCGGAAUGGCCCGCCCACACUAACUACCUGUAUCUGACCUACCACGGCAUGGAGAACGACCUGGCCUUCGACGACCAGCACGUCAUGGUGAUCGGCUCCGGUGUGUACCGCAUCGGCAGCAGCGUGGAGUUCGACUGGUGCGCAGUGGGCUGCAUCACAGAGCUGAGGAAGAUGGGUUAUAAAACCAUCAUGGUCAACUACAACCCUGAGACGGUCAGCACAGACUACGACAUGUGCAACCGCCUCUACUUUGACGAGAUCUCCUUUGAGGUGGUGAUGGACAUCUACGAGAGGGAGAACCCAGAGGGCGUGAUCCUGUCCAUGGGUGGGCAGCUGCCCAACAACAUCGCCAUGUCUCUGCACCGUCAGCAGUGCCGCAUCCUGGGAACGUCGCCGGAGUUCAUCGACUGCGCUGAGAACAGGUUCAAGUUCUCCAGGAUGUUGGACACCAUCGGCAUCAGCCAGCCUCAGUGGAAGGAGCUGUCGGACACCGAGUCGGCUAUGAAGUUCUGUGAGACUGUGGGUUACCCCUGCCUCGUCCGUCCCUCCUACGUCCUGAGUGGAGCGGCCAUGAACGUGGCCUACGGCGACACCGACCUGAAGAAAUAUCUGUGCAGCGCUGUGGCCGUGUCCAAGGAGUAUCCGGUCGUCAUCUCCAAGUUCAUCCAGGAAGCCAAGGAGAUCGACGUGGACGCCGUGGCGUGUGACGGCAUCGUGUUAGCCUUCGCUGUGUCCGAACAUGUGGAGAACGCAGGUGUUCACUCUGGUGACGCCACACUGGUGACCCCGCCCCAGGACCUCAACCAGAAGACCAUUGAGAGGAUCAAGAUGAUCGUCCACGCCAUUGGCCAGGAGCUGCAGGUCACUGGACCGUUCAACCUGCAGCUGAUCGCCAAGGACGACCAGCUCAAGGUGAUCGAGUGCAACGUCCGAGUUUCCCGCUCUUUCCCGUUCGUCUCCAAGACACUGGGUGUGGACCUGGUUGCCCUGGCGACACAGGCCAUAAUGGGGGUGGAUGUGGAGCCCGUGGGUCUGAUGACGGGGAAAGGCAUUGUGGGAGUCAAGGUUCCUCAGUUUUCCUUCUCUCGUCUGGCCGGAGCCGACGUGGUGCUGGGGGUGGAGAUGACCAGCACUGGGGAGGUGGCCUGUUUUGGGGAGGACAGAUACGAGGCCUACCUGAAGGCCAUGAUCUCCACCGGCUUCAAGAUCCCCAAGAAGAACAUUCUGCUGUCCAUCGGCAGCUUCAAGAACAAGAGUGAGCUGCUGCCCACAGUCCAGACUCUGGAGUCUAUGGGUUACGACCUGUACGCCAGUCUGGGCACCGCCGACUACUACACUGAACACGGAGUCAAGGUGACAGCGGUGGACUGGCCGUUUGAGGAUGACAGCGACUGCCCCAACAAGGAGAAGCAGCGCAGCAUCAUGAACUACCUGGAGGACAACCACUUCGACCUGGUGGUCAACCUCUCUAUGAGGAACAGCGGGGGGCGCCGUCUCUCCUCCUUUGUCACCAAAGGCUACAGGACCAGACGCAUGGCGGUGGACUACUCUGUCCCUCUCAUCAUUGACAUCAAGUGCACCAAGCUCUUUGUUCAGGCGCUCCGUCAGACCGGCAGUAGACCACCGGUGAAGACGCACAUCGACAGCAUGACGUCACAGACGCUCGUCCGUCUCCCAGGACUGAUCGACGUCCACGUCCACCUGCGGGAGCCGGGGGCCACUCAUAAGGAGGACUUCUCCUCUGGGACGGCGGCUGCUCUGGCCGGUGGAGUGACCAUGGUGUGCGCCAUGCCCAACACGUCGCCGGCCGUCACCGAUGUGGCCACUCUGGCUUUGGUCCAGAAGCUGGCCAAGGCGGGCUGCAGGUGUGACUACGCCCUGUAUGUGGGCGCGGCUUCAGACAACGCCGCCGUUCUGCCUUCGUUUGCCAGCCAGGCUGUGGGUCUGAAGAUGUACCUGAACGACACCUACUCCACUCUGAAGAUGGACAACGUCUCCCUGUGGAUGGAGCACUUUGAGAAGUGGCCCAAACACCUGCCCAUCGUGGCUCACGCUGAGAAACAAACGGUGGCUGCCAUCCUGAUGGUGGCGCAGCUCUACCAGAGACCGGUCCACAUCUGCCACGUGGCCAAGAAAGAGGAGAUUAUGAUCAUCCGUGCUGCCAAGCAGAAGGGCAUCCAGGUCACCUGUGAGGUGGCGCCGCAUCACCUCUUUCUGUGCAAGGACAACGUCCCUGACAUCGGCGAUGGGCGAGCACAGGUCCGACCCAUGUUGGGAGCCCGGGAGGACGUGGAGGCGCUGUGGGAAAACCUGGACAUCAUCGACUGCUUUGCCACCGACCACGCGCCUCAUUCUGUUGAAGAGAAGAACAGCGAGCGUCCUCCUCCGGGGUACCCAGGUCUGGAGACCAUGCUGCCUCUGCUGCUCACUGCCGUCAGUGAUGGACGGCUGACCCUGGAUGACAUCAUCAAAAGGCUCUACGACAACCCACGCAAGAUCUUCAACCUGCCCGUCCAGGAGAACACCUACGUGGAGGUGGACCUGGAGCAGGAGUGGACCAUUCCUCAGGCCAUGCAGUUCACCAAGUCCAAGUGGACGCCUUUCCAGGGCAUGAAGGUGAAAGGUAAAGUCCGCCGCGUGGUUCUGAGAGGAGAAGUGGCCUACAUCGACGGACAGGUGUUGGUGCCUCCAGGUUAUGGUGAAGAUGUAAAAACAUGGCCGACCACCUCUUCCUCCGCCACCUCCACCUCGUUGUCAUCAUCAUCAUCAACCCUUCUUCCGACUGAGCCUGUUAAAGAAACUCCUCUGAGUCCAGAACACACUCGACCCACUCCUCCCCGUGAAGCCCAGAUACGAACACGAGCCCCGAGUCCUCGCCGCACAAUCGGAGAGGGGCGUUACCUGCUGCCACCGCGUGUCCACCGCUCCUCCGAUCCUGGAUUUCCACCAGAGUUUAUGAUGCUGCCCCCUGCUGCUGCCGCUGCUGCUGCUGCUGCUGCUGCCGCCGCCGCCACCUUUGGUGACGGUUACGUUCACCCUCCACCCGUGUCCAGGCUGCUCUCUCCUCAGACCACACCACUUCCAGCUCUCAGUGCACCAGGGUCGCACUUCGCGACCUCGCCCUUCCUGCACCCUCUGAUUGGACAGCACAUCCUGUCUGUCAAACAGUUCAGUAAGGAGCAGAUCUCACACCUUUUCAAUGUGGCCCACACUCUACGUCUGAUGGUCCAGAAAGAGCGAAGCCUGGAAAUCCUGAAGGGUAAAGUGAUGGCGUCGAUGUUCUACGAAGUCAGCACUCGCACCUCCAGCUCCUUUGCUGCCGCCAUGCAGCGUCUGGGCGGCUCCGUGGUCCACUUCUGCGAAUCCACCUCGUCCACGCAGAAGGGAGAGACUCUGGCCGACUCCGUCCAGACCAUGAGCUGCUACGCCGACGUUCUGGUGCUGCGACACCCGCUGCCUGGAGCCGUGGAGAGCGCUUCUCGUCAUUGUCGUAAGCCAGUGAUCAACGCUGGAGACGGCGUGGGAGAACAUCCGACCCAGGCCCUGCUGGACGUCUUCACGAUCAGAGAGGAGCUGGGGACGGUUAACGGCAUGACGAUAACGAUGGUUGGAGACUUGAAACACGGCCGUACUGUCCACUCCCUGGCCAAACUGCUGACUCAGUACCGCAUCACCCUGAGAUACGUGUCUCCCAAAAAACUCCACAUGCCGGCCGAGAUCGUCAACUACGUGGCUUCGAAGGGUAUCAAGCAGGAAGAGUUUGAGAGCAUCGAAGAAGCUCUGCCUGAGACUGACGUCCUCUACGUGACCAGGAUCCAGAAGGAGAGGUUCGCGUCUGAGGAGGAGUACAAGGCUUGCUUCGGUCAGUUCAUCCUCACUCCUCACAUCAUGACUGUGGCCAAGAAGAAGAUGGUGGUGAUGCAUCCUCUGCCCAGAGUCAAUGAGAUCAGCGUGGAAGUGGACACUGACCCCAGAGCUGCGUAUUUCCGUCAGGCAGAAAACGGCAUGUACAUCAGAAUGGCCCUGCUGGCCACCGUACUGAGCAGAUAGAUGCAGGAAAUGGAUACAGAAAUCAUGUAACAUGACUUUGUCUGAAUUAAAUUUUGUGAUAAAUUUUGUUAGGAUAAAAAAUUGUUUUUUCCCUCUUUUGAUCGAACACGCAGGUGAAUUAUGAAAGGUUUAUUUUGUCAGUGGUGGAGGUGUAUUUGUUUUAAUGUCCAAUUUUUAAAAAAGGGAGGAGUAACAGUUACUGUUGGACCAGUGGGAAUGUAUGUUGUUUCUUUCAUAUGAAAUAUUUCUUUCUUUUCUUUUCUUAAAUUUCUUAAAACAUUUAAAUGUACUUUACUGUACAUUAGUGGAACUGUGGUGGGUUAAACUUGAGUGGGUUUUUCACACACUGUGUUGGUUAGCAGCUUUUUUUUUUUUCUAGAACAUAAAUAAUAAAAGAUAAAUGUUUGGA